CCUGCCUCCCAGGGCUUUGGACUCUGCUACUCAGCCACUUUUAGAUGACAAGUUCCUUUUGGGAGCUGGCUUUCUUGUUUCCCUUUGAAGAUUUCUCUGGAGAUAUGGCCGAAGCAGAAGACCUUGGAGUUCUGGAAUCCCCAGGAAGGAGUUUCAGGUUCUUCUUCUUUAAAUGACCUUCGGGCCGCGCCUGGCAGCAGAGAUGGACAAGGAAGAAAAGAAGACCAUGAACGAAGGCCAAGAGGAUGAAAUGGAGAUUUAUGGCUACAACCUGAGUCGCUGGAAGCUGCUCGGGGUGGCUUUUGGGGUGAUCUGUACGGGUGGCUUCCUCCUCCUCCUCCUUUACUGGAUGCCCGAAUGGCGAGUGAAGGCCACCUGCUUCCGAGCGGCCCUCAGAGACUGCGAAGUGGUGCUGCUGAGGACGACGGAUGAAUUCAGGAUAUGGUUUUGCGCAAAAGUUCGCUUUCUCUGUCUAGAAAACCACUCAUUUUCAAGCCCUAAAACAGGCACUAAUAAAAUGUCCAAUGGCCACGCGGCUUAUUUCCCCGAGGACCUGCCUGAAGAGGACCAGCGGGACUGGCCCCGUCCCCGAGAGAUCCGCUAUUUCACGCACCACAGCGUGAGGUACUUCUGGAAUGACGCCCUCCAGACCUUCGACGUGCUCAAGGGCCUGGACGAGGGCGUUUCUUGUACUUCCAUUUAUGAAAAGCAUAGCUGCGGGCUGGGGGAGAAAACGCACGCCUACAGAAAACUGAUGUACGGAAUGAAUGAGAUCGCUGUCAAAGUGCCUUCUGUCCUUAAACUUCUGGUUAAGGAGGUCCUGAACCCCUUCUACGUGUUCCAGCUGUUCAGCGUGAUCCUGUGGAGCACCGACGAGUACUACUACUACGCCCUGGCCAUCGUGGUCAUGUCUGUGAUCUCCAUCGUGAGCUCCUUGUACACCAUCAGGAAGCAAUACAUCAUGCUCCACGACAUGGUGGCCGCCCACAGCACGGUGAGAGUGUCCGUCUGCAGACUCGGUGGAGAAACAGAAGAGAUUUUUUCCACAGACCUCGUCCCCGGAGACAUCAUGAUCAUCCCCCUGAACGGGACGGUCAUGCCGUGCGACGCCGUCCUCAUCAACGGCACGUGCAUUGUGAACGAGAGCAUGCUCACAGGGGAAAGUGUUCCUGUCACGAAGACGAAUCUGCCCAACCCUUCCUUGGACGUGAAAGGGAAGGAGGACGAGAUGUACAGCCCGGAAGUGCACAAGCGGCACACCCUGUUCUGCGGCACCACCGUCAUCCAGACGCGCUUCUACACCGGCGAGCUCGUGAAAGCCGUCGUCGUCAGGACAGGCUUCAGUACUUCCAAAGGGCAGCUCGUACGCUCCAUACUGUAUCCCAAGCCGACGGACUUUAAACUCUACCGAGACGCCUACAUGUUUCUGCUCUGUCUCGUGGUGGUGGCUGGCAUUGGCUUCGUCUACACCAUCAUCAACAGCAUCCUGAAAAAGGUCCCAGCUGGCGUCAUCGUCAUUGAAUCUCUGGAUAUCAUCACCAUCACCGUGCCUCCCGCACUCCCGGCCGCCAUGACUGCCGGCAUUGUGUACGCACAGAGGAGACUGAAGAGAAUCGGCAUCUUCUGCAUCAGCCCCCAGAGGAUAAACAUCUGCGGACAGCUCAAUCUGGUUUGUUUCGACAAGACUGGGACUCUUACUGAAGAUGGCUUGGAUCUUUGGGGUAUCCAGAGAGUGGAAAAUGCACAUUUCCAGGUGCCCGAGGAGAACGCUUGCAGCGAGAGCCUGGUCAAGUCUCAUUUUGUCACCUGUAUGGCCACUUGCCAUUCACUUACCAAAAUUGAAGGGGUGCUUUCUGGGGAUCCGCUCGACCUAAAGAUGUUUGAGGCAAUUGGCUGGAUUCUUGAAGAAGCCACCGAGGAAGAGACGGCCCUUCACAACCGGAUAAUGCCCACCGUCGUUCGUCCUCCUAAACAGCUUCUCCCCGGGCCCGAGCCUGCUGUGAGCCAGUCAAUGGAGCUUUUCGAGCUUUCUGCCAACUAUGAGAUAGGAAUCGUUCGGCAGUUUCCAUUUUCUUCUGCCUUGCAACGAAUGAGCGUGGUAGCCCGAAUCCUGGGGGACAAAAAGAUGGAUGCAUACAUGAAAGGGGCCCCAGAAGUCAUCGCCGGCCUUUGUAAGCCGGAGACAGUCCCCAGAGAUUUCGAAAAAGUCUUAGAAGAUUACACCAGACAGGGCUUCCGGGUGAUUGCGCUCGCUCACAGAAAGCUGGAAUCCAAGCUGACCUGGCACAAAAUCCAGAGCAUCAAUAGAGAUGCCAUCGAAAGCAACAUGAACUUUAUGGGAUUAAUCAUAAUGCAGAACAAAUUAAAGCAAGAAACUCCUGGCGUACUUGAAGAUUUGCGUAAAGCCAACAUUCGUACCGUCAUGGUCACAGGCGACAACAUGUUAACCGCCAUCUCCGUGGCCAGAGACUGUGGAAUGAUUCUACCUCAGGACAAAGUGAUUAUUGCGGACGGACUACCUCCCAAGGACGGACAGGUGGCCAGAAUCAAUUGGCAUUACGCAGACACCCUCGUGACGAGGUGCGCCAGCUCUCCAGAGAUCGACUCGGAGGAAAUGCCCAUCAAGUUGGCCCACGACAGUUUGGAGGACCUGCAGGUGGCCCCGUAUCACUUUGCGAUGAACGGAAAGUCCUUUUCGGUGAUCCUGGAGCACUUCCAGGACCUCGUGCCCAAGCUGGUGCUGCACGGCACCGUGUUUGCUCGCAUGGCCCCCGACCAGAAGACGCAGCUGGUGGAGGCGCUGCAGAACGUGGACUACUACGUGGGGAUGUGCGGGGACGGCGCCAACGACUGUGGGGCCUUGAAGCGGGCCCACGGAGGCAUCUCCCUGUCUGAGCUCGAGGCGUCGGUGGCGUCCCCCUUCACCUCCAGGACCCCCAGUAUUGCCUGCGUGCCAAACCUCAUCAGGGAAGGCCGGGCGGCUCUCAUCACUUCCUUCUGUGUGUUCAAGUUCAUGGCCUUGUAUAGCAUCAUCCAGUACUGCAGCGUCACCCUGCUCUACUCGAUCCUCAGUAACUUGGGAGACCUGCAGUUCCUCUUCAUCGAUCUGGCCAUCAUCCUGGUCGUGGUGUUUACAAUGAGCUUAAAUCCCGCCUGGAAGGAGCUCGUCGCCCAGAGGCCGCCGUCAGGCCUCAUCUCCGGGGCGCUGCUCUUCUCGGUUCUGUCCCAGAUCAUCAUCUCCAUCAGCUUCCAGUGUUUCGGCUUCUUUUGGGUCCGGCAGCAGUGGUGGUACGAAGUGUGGACGCCCCAUUCCAACGCCUGCAACCUGUCCAGCGGCCUCCCCUCCAACGCCUCCCCCUCCGGCAACGGCACGGAGCCCGACGCGCACAACAUCAAGAACUACGAGAACACCACCGUGUUCUUCAUCUCCAGCUUCCAGUACCUCAUCGUGGCCGUCGCCUUCUCCAAAGGGAAGCCCUUCCGGCAGCCCUGCUACAAGAACUGGUUCUUCGUCGUGUCCGUGAUGGCCCUGUACGUCUUCAUGCUCUUCAUCAUGCUCUAUCCCGUCGCCUACAUCGACCAGGUCCUCGAGAUCGUCUGCGUCCCCUACCAGUGGCGCGUCACCCUGCUCGUCAUUAUUCUCGUCAAUGCGCUCGUCUCUCUCUUGGCAGAGAGCUUCCUCCUGGACACGGUCCUCUGGAAGGUUGUGUUCAAUCGCGACAAGCCGGGAGACGGUCGCCUCGCCGCCGCACGGCCGCCACAGGAGUCGGUGGAUCGCUGGGGAAAGUGCUGCCUGUCCUCGGUGCUGAGCUGUCGGAAGAAGCUUCCAAGGCCAAGUACAUGCAUCUGGCCCAGGAGCUGCCUGGUGGACCCCGAGUGGCCCCCGAAGCCCAGCACGACCACCGAAGCCAAGGCCCUGGUCAAGGAGAACGGCUCCUGCCAGGUCAUCACCGUCACGUAACGGCGACUCGGGCAGGCGGGGGCGGGCCAGCCGCCGCGGCGCCCCUCCGAGGCCCGCCUCCUCCGCCAGGCGCCUGUCCGUCCGUCCUCCUGGGCCCCGCUUCCUUCCGCACUCCAUCCUCGCCUCGGCCGGAGAAGGGCUG